GGCAGUUCUCCAACAGGAUCUAGAAUACAGCACUGGAAUUCUCACUGACACAGCUGGUCUAUCGGCAAGGCGCAAAAACCUCGUCAUCGUUAAGGCGCAUGGAAACGUGCUGUAGCUGAGAUGCUGUUUUGGCGCACACUGAAAAUGAAAGCGCUGUGCUUGGAAUUUCAGAAAUCAUAAACAUUCGGAUCUAUUUAUGUUUGGAUUUUUAAAUGAUAAAGGCUCUAUAUUCCUGUUACGUUUUUGAGGACCAUAAUGGAUAAUUCUCUGCAUGGAACUUGUCACUGAAGACUUGCGGAGCAACCCAAGUUGUAUUUAAAUUGACUUCAGAGCUGUUUCGCGAGAUUGGAGGUGAUAUAGGUUUCUUUCACUACGUUCCUCGAAUUGUUAACCAUGACUUCUCUCACGGGGAAUAAAGAGAGGUCUGGGACCAGAAGCCGAAAAUACGGGAUGACGGAUUCUUCCCCUACCAAGUCAGCUUCUUUCUCCCCCGAAACUUGGUACCGAAAAGCAUACGAGGAGUCCCGGACUGGCAGCCGACCGGCACCAGAGGGUGCCGGGUCCAUGCCUGGAUCUUCUGGAACACCUUCACCUGGAUCCGGAACCUCAUCUCCUGGCUCAUUUUCGGACUCGCCUGUCACCAUAUCCCCAGGAAUUGGCACAUGUUCGCCAGGGUCCUUAGGUGGAUCCCCAGGAUUCGGCACCGGUUCUCCAGCCUCGGGUAGUGGGAGUUCUCCUGGAUCCGACAGAGGGAUAUGGUGCGAAAAUUGCAACGCCCGGUUGGUGGAGCUGAAGAGGCAAGCACUGAAACUGCUCAUCCCAGUACCCUACUCCAGCAAGGAUCCCUCACUCUCUCUGCUGCUACAUGAUAAGCUACAGGUUCCCAGCAGCCCAAGGAAGGCCUGGAAUGAGCGUGACAGCCGCUGUGAAGUGUGCUCCACCCACCUGAGCCAGCUAAAGCAGGAGGCCGUGCACAUGGUGUUGAGCCUGGACCAGUGUGAUGUGUCACCUGCCUCCCCACCCUCCAUCGCCGCCCUGCUGGGCUCCCGGAGUGUCCUCACACCACCUCGAGACUGGGCCUACCUGCCUGGGGCAUACCAAUCCUCCGCUUCCUCCAUCACCGUUCCCACCUCAGCCUCCAGUGGCUCUGCCCCCUGCGGUACGGCCUCCAACACCAACAGCUCUCACCACCUUGUGAACCCCAAGCAUGGCACCAAGCCCAGCACCCUGGGCGUGAGCAGUGUGGUGGAGAGGAAGGGUGCUCCCUCUGCUCAUGGCAGCAAGCAGAGUGGCCCGCCGUUGCCUCAGCCAGCCACCAGCCCUGGAAACGGCAGCAUCAGUGCACCACACCUGGAGGGCGUCUGGUCACCUGCACAUCUGUCCCGUGCCAAUGGGGUCACCCUCUACCCUUAUCAGAUUUCUCCGAUGGUGGAGGGUAGCAGGGAGGGUCCGACCGAAGCUCUUCUCAAUCGCUACAAUGCCGAGCGCCCUGCCACUGCGACCCCAGCCACCACAGCGACCCCCACUGCAACCUCCGCUGCUGCAUCCUUCUUUGCCAGAGCUGCCCAGAAGCUCAACCUGUCCUCCAAGAAGAAGAAGCAGAGGUCGGCACCACCUGUGGUAUGUGACCCGCCCCUCUUCCCAACCAACUUCAGCGGAAUCCUACAGGUGUCCCCACCCCCAGCCCCACCCUGCCUGCUCCGUGCGGUCAGCAAGGUCAGAGAUAACCCUGGCCUGGGAAAGGUUAAAGUGAUGUUGCGUGUGUGUCCUGUGCCCCCUGCUGAUUCUGUGGAGUCUAGCUCUUUCUUGAAGGUGGACCCUCGUAAAAAACAGGUCACCAUCAUGGACCCAGAGGUCAACUCCCAGCAGAACCCAGCCCAGAAGCGGGGCACCUCCAGCCAGGUUCUUCCUAAGAUGUUCGCCUUCGACGCUGUCUUCUCUCAUGAUGCCUCACAAGCUGAGAUUUGUGCAGGCACUGUAGCAGAGGUGAUCCAGUCUGUGGUCAACGGAGCUGAUGGCUGUGUGUUCUGCUUUGGUCACUCCAAACUGGGAAAGUCCUACACUAUGAUUGGAAAAGACGACUCCAUGCAGAACCUGGGCAUCAUCCCCUGUGCCAUCUCCUGGCUCUUCAAAAUCAUUAAUGAACGGAAGGAGAAGACAGGAGCACGCUUCUCCGUCCGCGUGUCUGCCGUGGAGGUAUGGGGCAAAGAUGAGAAUCUGAAAGACCUGCUAUCUGAAGUUGCUACAGGCAGUCUGCAGGACGGCCAGUCCCCUGGGGUCUACCUUUGUGAAGACCCCAUCUGUGGAAUGCAGCUGCAGAACCAAAGCGAGCUGCGAGCACCCACAGCAGAGAAGGCCGCCCUCUUCCUGGAUGCAGCCAUUGCCUCAAGAACCAGCAGCCGGCCUGACUACAGCGAAGGGGAGCAUCGCACGUCCCACAUGCUGUUCACGCUCCACAUCUACCAGUACCGCAUGGAGAAGACAGGCAAAGGCGGCAUGUCUGGAGGCAGGAGCCGUCUACACCUCAUUGACCUGGGUAGCUGUGUGAAGGUUCUGAGUAAGACUCGAGACAGUGGCGUGGGACUCUGUCUCUCCCUCUCUGCCCUUGGCAAUGUCAUCCUUGCCCUGGUCAAUGGCAGCAAACACAUCCCUUACAAGGACAGUAAGUUAACCAUGCUGCUACGGGAGUCCUUAGGAAACAUGAACUGCCGCACCACCAUGAUUGCCCACAUAUCCUCCUCACCAAGCAACUUCUCCGAGACACUUUCUACUCUUCAGAUUGCUUCUCGGGUGCUUAGGAUGAAGAAGAAGAAGGCUAAAGUAAGCGUGCAGUACACAUCUAGUUCCUCAGGUGGUGAGAGCUCAUGUGAGGAGGGGAGAAUGAGACGCCCAACCCAGCUUAGAAGCAUCCACUCCAGGAACGUGGUUGACCCUGAAAUGCCAUUGCUGCACCUUUCCAGUGACCCUGAUGACUAUUCCAGCAGUGAGCAGUCCUGUGACACUGUAAUCUAUGUAGGUCCAAAUGGUUCCGCACUUUCGGACAAGGAACUGACAGACAAUGAAGGUCCUCCAGAGUUUGUGCCCAUUAUACCAUCUUUGCAGAAGAACAGAGGAGACCAAGGCAAGGCUUUACAGCCAUCUCACCAGCUGAAGGUGGUCACUGCACUGACCCAGCCAUCACAAACUGUCCAGUCCGUACAGCCUCUACAGGGCAAUCAUUCACAGAUGCUACCACCUGUGCCUGAAGAGGGUGCUGAGUGUGGAAAACAGGAGAAGGACUGUCUAAAAUGCAACACAUUUGCAGAGCUGCAAGAGAGGCUCGAAUGCAUUGAUGGUAGUGAAGAGGUAAACAAGUUUCCUUUUGAAGAAAUACCUGCUUGCAGAGUUACUAAAGUUGACUCUCUUUCAGCUCGAAGCCAAGACAUUAAAGGGAGUUCUCCCAUGAGAAUUUCUAAUGACCAGCAACUGGAGGAGAUUCGAGGGGUUGUAGAAGAGGCAGAGAUUGCACAGUCCAUUAUAGAAAGCCUCACACAGUCUUCAGUGAACAGUUGUGUACUCUCUACCAGCCGAAGUGUAACUGGUGGCAGUGGCAUUGGACAGCUCACCUCCCUUCAGAGGACAAAGAGUUCCAGUCUGCAUGGUAGCAGAGAGUCUGUCAGUGGAGGAAGCAGCAGCGAGAGUAAACCUCGUCCCAUGGGCUCUCCAAGACUGGGAAUCGCCAGUCUGACCAAAACAGCCGAAUACAAGCCUCCUUCCUCUCCAUCCCAGCGCUGCAAAGUAUAUACUCAGAAAGGUGUAAUGCCUGGGACGCCACCUCAGUCCUCGCAAAACCUGCAUAAAGAUUCAGGAAAAUCAUCCACUGAAUCUUUGCUGCAGUCUGAAUCAAGGACAUCUCCUGUUGGCAUGAGCCCUCAGGUCCUGAUGCGUUCUUGUUCCUCCAACAGUUUGACGUCAGCGGAGACUCUGAGUGAUGAUGUCCCUCAGCUACCUUUGGACAACAACAAGAGCACUACAGUUACAUUGCAGCAACCUUUGGAACCACAUGGCGAGGAUGAGUUGGUGUUCACUUUGGUGGAGGAGCUUACUAUUAGUGGGGUCAUGGAAAGUGGUAGGCCCACCAGUAUCAUUAGCUUUAACAGUGACUGCUCAGUGCAGGCUUUGGCAUCUGGUUCACGGCCUGUCAGUAUCAUCAGCAGUAUUAGUGAGGACCUGGAGUGCUACACCAGUGCUGCCUCAACUACCACUGCCACCAUCUCAGAAGCUAACAUUGCUAAAUUCCUGCCAGCCAGCAGGGUUGAAGGAGAAGUACUAACCAGUCGACGGUCCUCCAUCAGUUCCUGGCUUAGUGAGAUGAGCAUGGGCAGUGAUGGAGAGCAGUCAUGCCAGAGCUUUGUUGCACAGCAGUGCUUUGGGCAGAGUGAGGCACUAGCUGAUGCUCAACUUCUCGAAAUUAAAGAGGAAGGAGAAAAUGAAUUUACAGAACAAAAGACCCAAGGUGAAGCUGUUAUCUCUAAUUUAGAUGAAAUGAAUGACAAAAAUACCCCGACCAAAGACAAAAUAUGCAAGAUGUCUCCCACUCUGGGCAAAAUGUUUGUUUCCAUUUCUAAUGUUCAAACAUUAUGUGGCACAAGUGGCUUCAAGACUAAUAUUACAGCUCAGCCUUGUGUUUCUGUAAAGCCAAGUGAUGCAUUAUCUGUAUCUUCACCAACCAAAAGCCUUUCACUCAAAGAUCCCAAAUCCCCUCCAGUGUCCAUCUCAAGUGAGAUCAGCUUUGAUGACCCCUGGAUGAAAAGGGAGGGUUGUGAGGACGCCAAAACUAAGGAAUUUGUCUGUGAGAUAAAGCCAGAGAAGAGAACAUCAGAUUCUGUGAAGAACAAGAGUUUGAUUGACAGACAUAGCUCAAGCAGUGGUGAAGCAGCAUGUUCCCCUGAUUCCUUCAAAAGAGUAGUAGAUGGUUGUGAAAUGGCUCUAAAUACCGCAGAAGGGAUCACUCCUGGUUAUUCAGGAGACAUCCUUAGGACUGGUAGUCUUCCUAGGGCAUGGCAUCGUCUCAACAAGCAGGAUGACCUGGAUGACUCUUCCUAUCGCUAUACAAGUGGAGAAUAUAAAAGUCUUGGGGUUACUACUUCCACUCCCUGCAGCCCAAGAGCCACACUGGAAAGGAGAGGUUCAUCUGGACGGCAGGGUUUCUUGACCCGUCAGAAAGGAAUCCCACCCCUGCCACCUGUCAGAAAGUCAAGUCUUGACCAGAGAAACAGAGCCAGUCCACAGCAUAAUCCAGCAGGUAACCAGCAUUUCUCUUUCCUGGACAGCACCCCUGAGGACCUAGGUAGUAAUGGCAAACAGAAAGGAUCAAAUGUGGAGAGCAGUAGGCUCUUCAGUGCCAAACUUGAGCAACUGGCAAACAGGACCAACUCUCUGGGAAGAUCCCAUGGGACCCACUAUGACUGCCAUUCCUUGGAAAGGGCUGAGAGCUUAAGCUCUGUGGUCUCUAAAGCAGGCUUGGUGAGAGACCGGGCUGAGAGCUUAAGCUCUGUGGUCUCUAAAGCAGGCUUGGUGAGAGACCGGGCUGAGAGCUUAAGCUCUGUGGUCUCUAAAGCAGGCUUGGUGAGAGACAGCACUCUGCCCCGAGCUGGCAGGAGCCUCACCCGCAGCUGCAUCUCUUCCCCCAUCAAUGGACCAAAUGGCAACAACAAUGUUACACAGUCACCCAGAGUGAGCCAAUCAAAACUCUCAGCAGUUGGCAAACUCCUGAUGGCCAGCCCUAAGGCCCGAAGCCUUUCAGCAUCCAGUACUAAGACACUAAGCUUUUCUACUAAGUCCCUUCCACAGUCAGUAAACAGGAGCUCCAGUCUGCCACCAAAUGGAAAGAACCAAAAUCAAAAUUCCUGGUCAACUCAGUCCUUGAGCCGCAGCAGGGGAUCAGGGCUAGCCUCAAAGCUGCCUCUCAGGGCGGUAAACGGACGAAUCUCUGAGCUGCUUCAGGGUAGUGGCAGCAUUCGUGCUGGCCAUGGCCACAGUGGAUCUGAUACAGAGGAUAAAGGAGAAACUCUCCAAGCAGAGGAAAGACCAGUUCUCAACACACUCCCCUCCCCCUACAGCAAGAUCACUGCCCCUCGACGGCCUCACCGCUGCAGUAGCGGCCAUGCCAGUGACAACAGCAGUGUGCUGAGUGGGGAACUUCCCCCAGCAAUGGGGAAGACUGCUCUGUUCUACCACAGUGGGUGCAGCAGUGGCUACGAGAGCAUGAUACGUGACAGUGAGGCUACUGGAAGCACAUCCUCAGCUCAGGACUCUAUGAGUGAAAACAGCAGUUCUGUCAGUGGACGAAGGAGUCUGAAAAAUUCAAAAAAGAGAAUCAAUACUGGGACCCAGAGACGGCGUUUAAUCCCUAACCUGACCCUGGACACCUCCUCCCCAGUGAGGAAGCCAGUUAUUAGCCCUGGGGUCCGUUGGGUAGACGGGCCCCUCCGUCCCACUCAGAGGGUCUUGACAGAACCCUUUGAGAUCAAAGUUUAUGAAAUAGAUGAUGUUGAACGCCUCCAGAGGAGGCGGACUACUGGAAAUACGGAAGUGGUAUACUUUAGUGCGAAGCUGAAAAUCCUGGAACAUCGGCAGCAGAGAAUUUCAGAGGUACGGGCCAAGUACGAGUGGCUGAAGAAAGAGCUGGAGCAAACCAAACAGCGUCUAAUGCUAGAACCAGAGAAAUGGACCACUGAAUUUGACCUUCAGCAGACGUUUGAGGUAGACUCUCUGGAGUAUCUUGAGGCCCUGGAGUUUGUCACAGAACGACUGGAGAACCGGGUCAACUUCUGCAAAGCCCAUCUGAUGAUGAUCACAUGCUUUGACAUCACUUGCCGGCGACGGUAAACCUACAGGAAACAUCGUUUAUUGCAGGACUAAUGAGGACAAUGGGACGUCGAAAGAAGCUUUAGACCGUGUGAGGGUGUGUAUGACAGAGAUUAUGACAGAAGGCGGCAGAAAUUAGUGGGAAAUUAAAAAGAGACUUCUUAUUUUUUUAAAGUGGGUUUUUCGAAA